AUGGCGUUGACCCAAGAGUGCAAUACCGAACCAAGCUCUGCAAAAAACGCUCUGAAUUUCACUCCGCACGAAAUUCGGUACCUCAAAUUUUCAUGGGAGAAAGCAAGUACGGCAGUGGACAUUGGUUGCGAACUGGUGGCAAGGCUGCUGAACGACAAUCGCACCAGAUUUCGCGCUCUAAUCGAAAGCCAUUCGGGAGAUCUGCUUGGUUCAGCCGAUUUCUCAGCUGAGGACGUGAAGAAGUAUCGGCGAGCGCGCAUAGUCGCGAACGGUGUCGUCAUGUUCUUCAAUCAGGUCAUAAGCGAACUCGAUGACCCAAGCUCAGCUGAACACAUCGCACAUCUGUCGCAGAAACUUGGCGCCUCACAUUUCCGAAUGAAAGUUUGGUUUCAAGCAGAGAACUGGCUUUGCGUGAAGAAAUGUCUGCUCGAUGCGAUUAUGUCAGCACUCACGGAGAAAAAAAGCAACUUCUUUGCAUGUGGUAAGACAAUAGCCAUGAGCGAGAAGAAAGCACGAGACGUAUGGUACAAGGUUAUCCAAUUUGUCAUACAAAACAUGAAAAAAGGAUUUCUUGCGGAAGCGCUUUCGGUCGAUAGCUCCUCCACAAGCAGUAUUGGUUCAGAAUGAAGUAUUUGUGGACUAGCAAUUUAUAUAUGUUUACUGUCGAGUUCUGGUCAUUAUCCAUGUCUAUGUGGCUGGUGUUUUAAACGGGUCAUUGAGUUUGUAGAAUAAUUACCAAAC